GGUCACACAGUGCUCCACCGAAUCCAUAGCUCGCUACACACUAGGCCACUAGGUAGAGCAGCGCCGGAUCGUCCUUCCAUCCCUUCCUCGGCUGCGACCAUCUUUUCCUACUUUCGUAGUAUCGCUUCGAGGGACCCCGAGAGCCCCGCGCACCCUCGGCGCAGUUAUCAAAGGCGCAGUUAUCUUCGUCUUUUCGCGCCGGCUACGAGGGGACACGACACCCGAGACCCGCACACUCUCGCGACACGUAAACACAGCCAACAACAACAACAACAACAAUAACAACCGCGCACCGGCCGACGCGACGCACGCGUACAAACGGCCGCCGCUCACGGAACAAUCUCGCUCUUUUUUUCUUACGCGGACACACGGUUACACGGGCGGCGUGCGAUCUCGAUCAUCCGCGGUGAUCGGAUCCUCUAUCUCCAGCCGAAGAAUCGUCCAGUGCAGGAGAAGAUCCGAAGAGGAACGGAUCCACAUCCAGUGAGUGUCAGUGUCAGGAUACAGGCCGAUGAACCGGCCGAUCUUUUAGUGCGCGCACAGUGCGUAACCGAAGUGUUUACCCGGCAUUCCCCACCGGACAGUGAAACCGUGGCCCCGGCACGUGUGCGCCAAGAAGACGGGGUCCUAAGGGCCGCGUGAUCGCGAUCCGACGGCCGGCGGCCUACCGUCACCACCGGCAAAAGCGAGAGUUCCUCCGAAAGCGCGGCGGAAAGUUCCGUCGCGAGGAUCGAGGCGUCGCGAUCCAGCCGGUAUUGUUCCCCCCUCCCUCCCCCGCGACAUUGUGACCGGCGGCCCCGUUUUUCGUUCCCAGUGAUCAACCUGUGCACGGAGAAACCACGCGUGUGUUCGCCGCGAGUUCUGUGCUUCGAGUGGUUCGAGUGAAGCGACGGGUCCGAGAGGCGCCGGUCGAGACGGACAGCUUCGUCGGUAGCUUCGUCGGAGGCUUCCGCACUUGUUGCGAGGCGGCGAUCGUCGGAGACACGGUUCACCGGGAAUAGGAACCCGGCGGCCCUCGACAACACCGUCGGGAACGGGCGUCGACGUUGCGCCGUUACGAACCGGCGAAUUAAAGCCGAUCAUCGGCACACGGUGUCGAGAGCAGAGAGGGUCGAGAGCGACGAUAUCGACGCAUAGGAGAGCGAGCGAGCGAGCUUUCCUGGGGGGGAGAGGGCGACCGGUGCAGCCGGGCGGCAAAGAGAAAGUAGUCGGGCCGAAGGUAGUGCGAGCCACGUGAAACUGCUCGCUAUUUUGCCAGCCAGUGCCGCUUGUAGACGCUCGAAACCCCUUGGUUUCCCGCGCACAGCACGAGCCCCGCACACACAACCACCCCGACCAACCAACCGACGAGUCUACCCACCGCCACCAGCCCCUACACACAACAACCCAACGAAGCAUCCCCCACUCUGAAUCGCACAACAGCCUGAGCGGAAGUGCUAGUCAGUCGGCGAGCGACCUUCCAACAUUACGGGUUAGGUUCCCUCUUUUUCCACCCGUUGUAUCGUCGUCGGCCUCGUUUACAGAACCGGUGGGCGAGCGAACGAGAGCAAUACAGAGGCAGAACGCGACAGAAGGAGAGCUAGAAAGAUCUAGAAAGAGAGAGAGAGAGACAUUUAGAGAAAGCGAGAGAGAGAGGAAGAGAAGAGAGCUGCAGCGGCAGAUCGAGCCGAAGAGAACGAGUCCACGACCGGUUCGCUCGCGCGAGUCCCGCGAUCGCUCUAGCUGGUUUCGCGAUGACGCUCGCCAGGAUCUGAGAGACGCGGCCUACACGUAAACAGAGCGAGCGCAGGCUGCAGACAGUCUGGAAUGACAGGAACGCGUGCAUGCUCCUUCUGACAGUUCGUGAUAAGCAGCAUCCCCUUUGCCGAGUGUGUUCACCCGUGCGGAUUUGUUACGUUUUCUAUGGUUCGACGCACGUGCGACGCGUGGACACGGUGUUCCUAGUUACGGCGGACUCGAAAGCGACAGAGUUUCGCCAGGAAGAGAACCGCGCGACAGAGUGCGCGAGAGGAUAUCGUGUUGCCUAGUUGGUCUCUUAGCCUAGCCGUGACGGUGUUGAAUCCGCGAAUGUAAAUCAGCGGGAGCCUGAGCGGCGAGUGGGCCGAUCAAUUGUGUACUUGUUGAACGGAGAGAAAGAGAGAGAGAGAGAGAGAAAGAGAGAGAGAGAGGCUGGCGUCGCGACUUCGAUACACCGGCUCCCGGUGCGACCCGAUUCGCCGAGGAAGCCGAGUAGGCUGAUCUUGCUCGCUCCGAAGACAACGUGCUCGAAUGCUGCCGGUGCCGCGACGUUUCACGGGAGGAACACGAUUGUAAACUCGCGCCGGUUGUAUCGGCAGCCCGAGGGAUCGACGUACGCGGCGACUCAAGCGACUCGACCACGUGGUUAUGAGUGUGCAUCGACCUCGUCGGGAUUCACCGGUACACAUCAGCGGAGACACGAGCGCGGCGGUCCUCUCCUGCGUCGAGGAAUCAUCGCGGCCUUUUGGACUCUAACGAAGACUGGAUCGGCGGUGAUCGGCAGUCGCUUUUGGAUCCUCGAUCCCCUUGCUCGAGUUCUCUCUCGAGGUGCGUGCGUGCGUGCGUGCGUGCGUGCGUGACUGCGUGACUGCGCGCGUGUUUACCUGCGUUCCGUUCGCGUUCGUUCGUUGACUUUGUGCUGUUCGACUUCGGCGACCCUGUCGUUGGGCAAUAGGACGCUGCGAGGAGGUCUCGCCGGUCGAAGUGAAGGAACUGGAGAGAGAGAGAGAGAGGGUGUACGACGGUGCGAGCGUCUCGAGAUCGUUCGCGGUGAUCGAGGCCACCAGGAACACGGGGUUCGUUGCGACCCGGAGCGCCGCAAAGUAGCAAGAUCCCGCCCGCAGGAGAGCGCGAGCUGAAAGAGGCCCAGGUGGAGGUGGUACAGUCCGGGUCAACAAUCGGCAUCGGCGGGUUGUAUCAGAGGCCCCGAUUAGGAGGGUGGGUGCAGUGGUGCCGUGGUUGCAGGAGGGCCAGCGAGGUUGGGGUGGCCUCGUCCACAGGCGCCUUGGCACCGAGUGCACCGGGCCCCGGGGCUGCGGUGGUGGGCUGCCUGGUUGGGGUGUACCCGUGUUCUCCCUCCUCCACGGGGCCCAGGGGCCCCCUAACUCAUCACCCCCAGGCAAUCCCGAGCCAGCAACAACAACCGAUCGGUUGCCGUGCCUGUUGCUGCGUGCAUAGCAACCACCAGCCAGCUUCGGUCCAGCUUACCAGUCAGCGGGGCGGCCUAUCACUGAGGGUAGCGAGGGUGGCGUCCACCACCUCCGUCCGAGCCGCCCCCUACGCCCACCCCCAGCACCAGGAGCUGGGGCAGGAGUGCAGGUGUAGGGAGGAGACGGGGGCAUUGGGUGGAGGUGGUGCGCACAUCCUCGGCAGCCCGAUGCUGUUCGUCCCGUUCACGGUGCCCACCUUCCCCGCGACGCAUCAUCAGACGACCCAUCCUGCGCAUCAGACGCAUCAUCAACAGCUGCAGCCCACUAGCCAGAACCCGGUUCAGCAGCCGCAACAACUCACCCAGCUCAAUCAGCUGAGCCAUCUGAAUCACCAAGGCAUUGUGCCGGCGACGACCACCCAGCCGACGAUACAUAGCACCAGCUGUUCGCCGCAGCAACAAGCAACCACACCGAACAAGGAGAUGAAAGUUAACUGGGCGACCUCUCCGGGAAACCAACCAAAACAAGACACUAGCAAACACUACCACAUAUUUGUAGGAGAUCUAAGCCCGGAGAUCGAGACACAGACCUUGAGGGAAGCCUUCGCUCCCUUCGGCGAAAUCUCGGAUUGUAGAGUCGUCAGAGAUCCACAAACGCUCAAAUCCAAAGGAUAUGGGUUUGUUUCUUUUGUCAAAAAAGUGGAAGCGGAAAGUGCCAUCGGUGCCAUGAACGGACAAUGGCUCGGUAGCAGAAGCAUUCGAACGAAUUGGGCGACCCGCAAACCCCCUGCGCCAAAAUCUGAAGCGAAUGCAAAGCCACUGACUUUCGACGAGGUGUACAAUCAAAGUAGUCCAACAAAUUGCACAGUGUACUGCGGUGGGCUAACCAAUGGUCUAACAGAAGAACUGAUGCAAAAGACCUUCUCACCUUUUGGAUCCAUCCAGGAGAUACGUGUAUUUAAAGACAAGGGUUAUGCUUUCAUCAGGUUUUCUACCAAAGAAUCGGCGACACACGCUAUCGUGGCCGUGCACAACACCGACAUCAACGGUCAGACGGUGAAAUGCAGUUGGGGCAAAGAGAGCGGAGACCCGAACAAUGCUCAACAAACUGGACAGGCGUUAUCGUCGGCGACGUACCCAUACUACGCGGCGGCAGCAGCUGCCGCCGCGGCGGCGGCGGGCGUCGCGGGUGUCGGAGGCGUCGGUGGCGUCGGGGGUACCGGACAGCUCGGAUACUGGUAUCCGCCCCAAUCUUACCCCACGACAGCGACGCAGAUGCAGGCGGGUGGUUUCCUGCAGGGAAUGCAGGGAUACACUUACGGACAGUUCGCCGGCUAUCAACAGGCGCAAUACAUGGGAAUGGGAAUGGGUGUCCACGCUGCUGGCACGGCAGCAGGUUGGGGCCAGGGAUUACCUGGGGGACCACAGUUACCACCACACCACGCCACGACGGUCACGGCACCCCCAGGGGUGCAAGCCGCACCCCCACCACCACCACCACCGGCACAAAUGAUGGCCUACCCGAUGCAACAGUUCCAGGCACAGUGAUCGCUACACCUAUCAUCGCACGGCCUGGCUUAUCCUUACUUUCGAAUAUCUCUUUACAUCAAGAAAACUGCAUCUACAACCUGGCUCAACCUCGAAUUGAAGCAGCGAAUAGUCGUUGGAGAACGUGUUUCUAAAAUGGGUACCGUCGUGCCGUGCGCGAGCACGCAAGAAGACAAAACGCCGGGGACGAACGGGGGAAGAACGAGCGGGAGUACCGUAUCGAUCGUAUCGAUCCUCCCGUCGAUCGUUUCGCUGUCGAUCGAACGCCAUCGUAAAUGAAACCGUUCCGAACACGGACAAAAAAAAAAGAAAACGGAUCGGACCCGAUCGAGCCGCACACGAUCGAACAGAAUCUUCCAAAAAAAAAGAAAAAAAAAUAAGAACCCGAGCACCGUCGAGAUAGAUCCGCGUGCGUUUUCUUUCCUUUCUUUGUUUCACUUUUUUAAACUUUCUGUUCCUUUCUUCAUUCCGCCGUGACUAUUGAUCGUCGACCAGCGAGAUAUCGUAUUCACACUUUUCACAACUUCCGAGAACAAUUGAGGUUGAGUCACGGUAAAGGUAGAUUCAGAUCGAUUAGUCCUCGUGUAUAGAGUGUGAAGAAAUGGAGCGAGAAGCGAGAGAGAGCAUGAGAGGGAGCGAGUGAGCAAGAGAGCGAGGUGGCUUUGCGAUAAAAGUGAGAGAGAGAGAGAGAGAAAGCGAGAGAGAGAAAGAGAGAGAGUGUGUGUGUGCGCGUGUAAGAGUAAGAGUGCGCGCGUGAGCGGCGAGAGAAUGGUGGAGAGAAAGAGAUGUUCAGAAUAUUUCUAUUAUUUUCUUAAAAUUCGGACCAAGACUUAACCAGCGUUUGUGUGUUCAAAUGGUAAAGUGUGUUCUUGGUUGCGGUCCAGCUAGCGGAUGAGGACUGGCUGACGCCUAG